AUGUUCUUGAUCUUUGCAAUUUGUGCACUUUCUAGGGUACAUUAUCACGAUGAGCCAAGGUACGAUGCCAAUGGCCUUGGUAAGGCAUUUAAGAAGAUAACACAUGUCGUCACAAGGCCAGUUAAAAAAGUUUUCCACGUUGCAACAAAGGUAACAUCUGUUGUCACAAAACCAGUUGUUAGAUUGAUCCACCACUCAUCAACAUCUGAAUGGGAAUCACCAUGCCAAAUCACCAGUUUCACAACAAACACAGGAUCAAAUGAUUGGGUUGUUGAUAAUUUGGAUGAUGCCGUUAAUGAUGUCGCUUCCCAGUUCAGCCUUAAUGCUGAUUCCGUCAGAAACUAUUUCAACCGCUGCAAGUGGUCCCAGAAUUCCAAGCAGCUCUUCAAUAACCUUAACUUCGAUAAGCUCGCUGACGUCAACCAGCGUUCUGCUCUUCGCGCUGCCACAGUUAUCAAGGUUUCCAAGGACGGAAGCAACUUCAACAUCAAUGUUAGACAAAUCUCCACACUUGCUAACAUUUAUGCUUCCACAGUUCGCAAGGAUCACUCCAGAACACUCGUCUUCUCAUCCUCUUCCACACAUGCAAGCUGGCGUCCACUUGAGGCUAAUGAACUCCAAGACAUCUUCAAUGCUUGCGAGGAAGAAAUCGCCCCAACACUCAACCAGUACAAGGCAAUUUAA